CCUCUAAAUUUACGGAAAACUUUUAUUUCUGUAAAAUUUCUCGACCGGGUCUCGUCAUCAAAGAAAAAAUUGCGCAAGGGAGACUCGUCGUCCAAAGCCGAGAAGCAAAAAGAAACUCUGAAAUAUCUUCGAGCUGCGACAGGAAAAAUGGACGCGGCGAUAGGGAAGGUUUUCGAUUCCGUCUCAGACUUCUUCUCCGGCGCUGCUUCUGCUUCCGCCGAUGAGUUCCCCUUGUGCGAUUCCGACAUCAUCUCCGGAUGUGAGAAAGAACUUGCAGAGGCUCAAGACGAAGGACGUAAGAAGGAAUGCAUGAUGCGUCUUUCAUGGGCUCUUGUUCAUUCAAAGAUGCCUGGGGAUAUUCAGCGUGGAAUUGCAAUGCUUGAAGCUUUGGUGGUUAAUGAUACAAGUGCAAUGAAACUAAGAGAGAAGCUAUAUCUCCUUGCUCUUGGGUACUAUCGAAGCGGUGACUUUUCAAGAAGCCGGGAUUGUAUUCAACGGUGUUUGGAGGUUGAACCAGAGUGGGGACAGGCUCAGACACUCAAAAAGGCUAUAGAGGACCGUAUUGUUAAAGAUGGUGUUAUUGGCGUUGGAAUUGCUGUCACUGCUGUAGGUCUUGUUGCUGGUAUUGCUGCAGCCAUUUUACGCAGAUAAGGAGGAAAGAACCCAUACAUGUAAAUGUUUCCCUGAUUUUCAGUGAGUCUGUUUAGUUUCUUUGUGUUCUUGAAAGAAUGUCUUUAUUACGGGAAAAUUAUGUAAUUCCUGUUUUACUAUGAAUAGCUAAACAACAGAACUGAUUGAGGAAGCAUCAAACAGAAAACUUUAUUAUUACUUCAGCGUUAAAGAUAUUAUUAUUCCA